UGCAACAACAAAGCGGCAUAAACAUGACGAUAUCAUAACGAAUGUCCCUGGGAAGUCGCAUUGUAAAAAGGGGCAGGGUCGCAGCCGUUCCCAGUCUCGCCUCGACUCCCAGGGAACCUCUACUGUUUCUCUACCCUCAAUGGAUCAGAAAUUACUCAACUGCAUCCAUCAGACCAGCUUUCGACGGGGACCGCAACCUGUCGACACCCUCUGUUCGACAUACAGAUACUCCAUCAGGUCCUGGUACCCAGGUUCUGCAACCAGCUAUCAGCAAGGAGUCGACAGAGCCCAGCUCCGGUAAAAAUAAACAUGAGGAGAUCCAUGGAGAGUCCACGGGCACCAGCAGCGCAGACAAUGCUCACAAUACAGAAGAUGAUGCUCGACCCAUCACGUCCCAGCCGACGAAGAUUACGACAGGUCCUACGAAGAAUCGAGUUGGAAGAACCCCUGAACUCACGCCAAACGUCCCAAUAAUCCGCAGACUCUACCAAGCAAGUUUAAAAGCCAGACAGAAUGCAGCUCGCGAACGCUCUGUUAAGAAGGCAUACCAAACCUAUAAAAGGGAGCAGAUGAGGUCUUGGGACCCUGAUUGGCGGGUUAUACUUUCAGAUCUUUCCACCCAUACACCGAAGAAUGAAAAAUGGCUUGACCAAGCGCUCAACGUUGUGGUGCCUGAAAGCGCCGCAGGAAAGUUCUUGUACGGAGUGGAUACCAACAUGUGGGACAUUGGGGAAAGAUACGGCUGUUCGAUCGAGCUCAACGGUCGAAAUCCGGAGACAGGGGAAUAUCGAAGUUUUCUCCUCUCAGGAUCUGCAACCGCAAUUCGAAAGACGACGGCAGAUAUUCUGCGGAUUGCCCCAGAGACUAAAUUGAAGCCUACUAUACACAAGGGGCUUGCUCCUACGGGCAUUAAGACAAAUGCUGUACGGUCCAACAAAGCAAAUGAAGCGGAUGGCGGGCGACAUGCGAAAGUUCGAACCGUUAAAUCUGGGGGACAUCGCAGAAUCCAGACAGUGAGAGCCGACAAGGUCCCGAGGCCGACAGAAUGGACUCAACAAUCUUUCGCUGAUUAUGUGACCGACCUGACAUCCGUUGAGAUGCCAAAUCAUAUCCAUCGAUUGAUAUACAAGGAUGGAGAAACUCACGUUUCGGCCGUCAUAGCCAUUUUACGGAAAGUCUUCCAAGACCCAGACUGUAGAUCUUCAAUCUCUCGAAAAGCAUUCAACACGGCGAUGGCAUACUUUAUCAAGGCAAACCAAAUCGAAGAUGCGAGAAUUUUCUUUGUUCACAUGGAGAUGAUGAAGAUACAACCGGAGGUAGAGACCUUUAAUAUCAUGUUAAGGGGGGCGGCAAAAUCUGAGGACCUUCACAAUUUCCACUUCAUACUUCAUUUGAUGCUGCGACGAGGCAUCUCCCCGAACUACAAAACAUGGAUUGCUUUCAUGAUGGCAAUUCCCGACCUUCGCAUCAAGUUAUACAUCCUUACCGCAAUGAGAGAGAGGGGGCUACUGCGCCAUAUCGCAACCAUAAGGGCCGUCUGUGAACAACUUGUUUCCCAAGAAAUCUCGACUUCCUUAGAUAAUGGCCAGAGCCAGGAUGAGUUUCUUCGUCACAUGGAUUCCCGUUACGGAACGUCCUGGCUCACGGUCUCCAGUGCUAAUCGUAUUCUGGAUGCACUGGGGGAGCGUGGUCUCGUCUCCCGCAGCUGGGACUUCCUAGACGUUAUGUCUUCUCGUUUCGUCAAACCGGACCAUGUGUCCAUUGGUAUGAUCCUCAAUCAUUGCAGGCAUUCAAUGAAUGUGACUGGUGCCAUUGAGGUUAUGAAAAGUAUCUCACCAUCUAUUGGGUUUGUGCCACAUGAGGAUACCUAUCACAUUUUAUUCGAGUUGGCCUGGCGUUCGAGGAGUUAUAAUCUUGCAAGGGUGGUUUGGAGAUAUGCUUGCUUGAAUGCUCUAACGACUUGGAAAAUGAGAAGUCGCGUUAUGUCAAGCGUACGGGCUGCCCGCUUGGAAACAGAGCAUGGCACAAAUUCACAUCAGAGGUGGAACCAGCAAGCAGGUUUCUUCAUUCUCGGCAAUGGUAAUUUGAGUGAACGCCCAAUGCCCCUUGCUGGGCCAGUUGCAGGAGACGAAAUAACUAGCAGCCUUCCGGUUGUUGUUAAGAAAUCCCCCUCCAAGGUGUCAACACGGGUUGACGUUAUCUCAGAGCGUCUCGACAAGGAAUGUUUAGUUUUCCAACAGUGGGAGCCCGCGAAACCCCUUGCUGAUUUGUUGGAGGAAGCCUGGGAGCGUGACAAGGAGUGGAAAAGUUUAGCAAGCUCUGAUCUGUACAGAGAGUCGUGGGGCCUUGAAUGGAAGCUGGAGAGAGCAGUCAGUGUCCCGGUACAAUAUAAGGAUGCGUCGACCAGUGACCCCAAAACGGUGGAAUGGGCGUGAAGCUCGGGAAAGGAGGAUUUAGGUGUACUGUAUAUAUGGCAGAUAUAGGUACCAGGUGGAAGAGUGUAGGAUAGACGUAUUGGCAUCAUGCGGAAUAAUAAUAUAAGCUCCGUCU